AUGAGCGAGGACACCUCCCCCGAAGACGACGCGGAAGGGGAGCCUUCGACCCCCGACGCCUCGGGGCCUGUCCUGCUGUUCGGGAAUGCCAUUGCCACCACCAAGGCCGAUUUGCUAGCCGCGUUGCCGGCGCGGACUGUUGCCGACCGCUUGGUAUCCUCCUAUCUGAAUUCGAAAGAGGCCCCUCUCGGUACGCGUGUUUGCGCCGUUGUCCCGGGGUAUCAACCGGCACGCUGA